UUCUUAUAUGCGGAUAAAAUUUCUCUCCAAGAAGGUUUUGCUCCCAGAGAAGAAAUAGCGUCUCCUUAAGACUCUCCUUUUAAGAAAUGGCCUCAGAUAUUCCAGGCUCGGUGGCCUUGCCAGUUGCGCCCAUGGCAAGUGGACAGGUGAGGAUGGCAGGAUCCAUGCCCUCCCGAGGAGGAAAGCGCCGUUCCGGAAUGGACUUCGAUGAUGAAGAUGGAGAGGGUCCCAGCAAAUUUUCAAGGUAUGAUGCUGAUCAAAUCUCUAGUGAUAAGGAAAAGUUUGCAAGGGAGAAUCACAGUGAAAUUGAAAGACGCAGGAGAAACAAGAUGACACAGUACAUCACGGAGCUGUCGGAUAUGGUACCCACUUGCAGUGCGUUGGCUCGUAAACCUGACAAGCUGACAAUUCUCCGGAUGGCCGUUUCACACAUGAAGUCAAUGAGGGGUACUGGAAACAAAUCUACUGAUGGAGCUUAUAAACCUUCAUUUCUUACAGAGCAGGAACUGAAACAUCUUAUCCUGGAGGCUGCAGAUGGGUUCCUGUUUGUAGUUGCAGCUGAAACGGGAAGAGUGAUCUAUGUAUCGGAUUCUGUGACUCCUGUGCUCAACCAGCCCCAGUCCGAGUGGUUUGGCAGCACCCUCUACGAGCAGGUUCAUCCAGAUGAUGUGGAGAAGCUGCGGGAGCAGCUAUGCACGUCUGAAAACUCGAUGACAGGACGAAUACUGGACUUGAAGACUGGAACAGUAAAGAAGGAGGGUCAGCAGUCCUCAAUGAGAAUGUGCAUGGGAUCGAGGCGCUCUUUCAUUUGCAGAAUGAGGUGUGGAAAUGCUCCUCUGGAUCACUUACCUCUGAACAGAAUAACCACCAUGAGAAAAAGAUACAGGAAUGGCCUUGGCCCAGUUAAAGAAGGUGAAGCACAGUAUGCUGUUGUCCAUUGCACUGGUUAUAUCAAGGCUUGGCCACCAGCAGGAAUGACUAUACCAGAAGAAGAUGCUGAUGUUGGACAAGGUAGUAAAUAUUGCCUCGUGGCAAUAGGAAGGCUUCAGGUAACCAGCUCUCCAGUGUGCAUGGACAUGAACGGCAUGUCAGUCCCAACCGAGUUCUUGUCUAGACACAACUCUGAUGGAGUCAUCACCUUUGUUGACCCCAGAUGCAUCAGCGUCAUUGGCUACCAGCCCCAGGAUCUUCUGGGGAAAGACAUUUUAGAAUUCUGCCAUCCUGAAGAUCAAAGCCAUUUGAGAGAGAGUUUCCAACAGGUUGUGAAACUGAAAGGUCAAGUCCUGUCUGUGAUGUAUCGUUUUCGUACCAAAAACCGGGAAUGGAUGUUGAUCAGAACCAGCAGCUUCACAUUUCAGAAUCCUUAUUCUGAUGAGAUCGAAUACAUCAUCUGCACCAACACUAACGUCAAACAACUUCAGCAGCAGCAAGCAGAGCUAGAAGUACAUCAAAGAGAUGGGCUGUCAUCCUAUGACUUAUCUCAGGUGCCUGUUCCAAGCAUACCAGCUAAUGUUCAUGAGGGUGGAAAGUCUGUCGAAAAGCCAGAUGCUAUCUUCUCCCAGGAGAGAGAUCCUAGAUUUGCUGAGAUGUUUGCUGGAAUUGCUGCUUCAGAUAAAAAAAUGAUGGCCUCAGCAUCCACAGCAGGAAACCAGCAGCUCUAUUCGCAAGGAAGCCCAUUUCAGCCAGGACAUUCAGGAAAGACUUUCAGUUCAUCCGUGGUACACGUGCCUGGCGUGAACGACAUCCAGUCCUCUUCAUCCACAGGCCAGAAUCUGACACAGAUCUCUCGCCAGCUAAAUCAGGGUCAGGUUGCCUGGACAGGAAAUCGUCCACCUUUUCCAGGACAGCAAAUUCCCUCUCAGUCUGGCAAAGCUCAGUCAUCACCCUUCGGGAUUGGAACAAGUCACACUUACCCAGCUGAUCCGUCGUCAUACAGCCCUCUUUCCAGCCCUGCCACCUCGUCUCCAAGUGGGAAUGCCUACUCCAGCUUAGCAAACCGAAGUGCAGGGUUUGCCGAAGGUGCCCAGAGCAGCGGCCAAUUCCAGGGGAGACCUUCUGAAGUCUGGUCCCAGUGGCAGAGCCAGCAUCACAACCAGCAAAGCGGCGACCAGCAUUCGCAUCCGCAGCCCAGCCAGACCGAGGUGUUCCAGGACAUGCUGCCAAUGCCGGGGGAUCCAACGCAGGGAACUGGCAAUUACAACAUUGAAGAUUUUGCUGAUCUGGGCAUGUUUCCACCAUUUUCUGAGUAGCUUGUGAAGCAGAAAUGAAGUUCUUCUCCAAGGCCAUUUUGGUGUAAUUUUGGCUCUGCUUUUUCAGUGUUGCAUUUCUGUAGAAGCUACUAAAACAGAAGUCAUGUUUCUCAUAUGUCAGAUAGCAAUGUAGGGCUUGCUCUCUCCUCCUUGGGUGCAUAAGCGCCAACAGAGGAGUUCCAGCAUUUGUUGGUGUUCACUGACAGCUCCUUUCUGUUUUAUUUCUUUAUUUUAUUGUCAUCUACCUCAGAGAUGGAAUACUUUGCUUGAUUUAAAGAGAAAAAAAAAUCUCUGAGUCUUAACCAUUUGAAUGUGAAUGAUACCUAACAUUCCCUUUGAUAAUUUUUAAAUAGAUAAAGAAGUAACAAAGACUAACAGAGAAAAGGUAAGGUAAUGUCUUGUUGCAGUGCCUACCAUUCAAUUCAGAUGCCUUGUGUUAAACUUAAGUUUCUGGAAGCAGACACAUUAUGCUGUUUUCUUUGAUCCUUGUAGUUUUUAGAUCAGUUUAAAUGUGAGAUUAAACAAUGGAACGUAGGCCCCUGACCAGAAGAUUCAGCUCUGCCUUUUCUAACUUAAACUUGAAUGUGUGUACAUUUUGGUACUUUAUGUAUAUCUUGUGCUGUAUGAAGUGUUUUCCUGUACUGGUUUCUUUUGCCUUUAAAAAGGGUCUGUUUGGGAGCAUACUGAAAAGGUUGGCAAUAUAUGUGGAGGAUUUAGAUGUGGGAGGAUUCUCCAUCACUUCACAUAGUUCUUACUUUUAAUUCAGGUCGUUCUCUAUUAAGAACAAACAUUUACUUACAUAAGCUAUUAGUCUGUUUUUGCACUGAACUGAGGCCUAUAAUUCUAUAAAUUUCUCUCUAACUGCUUUCAUUUCUAUUGCUCUUGAUUUCCCCAAAUGUUUGCCUCAUAAAAAUGACUGUAAACACAUCGAGAUCACCAUUUCUAUUUUAGCUGCAUCUCUUCCCUGUGUAACACUUUUUUAUACUGUGAAACUCAUGUUUUAGCAGUGCAAGUUGGUGGCCUAUUGGAACAAAAUCAUCAGAGCUCACUUGCUACAAGCAGUGAGAUGGUUUUGUAGUGUACAAUGUUUUUAGAGCAAGUUGAUAAUAGAUGUCAAUCAUACUGUUGUCCUCUGUGUACACAGUGAUGAUAACCUGUUUUUUUGCUUGGAUUCCCAAGCAGUCCCUUUUGUUAAAUCUACUAUAUGAGAGUUUCAGCUUACCAAGUGCUUGGAGGCUCUGUCUGCUCUGAAUGCUACCUGCUUUUCCACGGAGAUGAGUUAAUUACRUUUCUCUUGGGCUAAUCAUCUACCUUAUAUAUUGGUGCAAAUUUGUGUGAUUUUUAUUUGAUCUUACACAUGCAUGAUGGAGUUACAUGAGUUCUCUUAGGAUGGAGGAGGAGGAGUCACUCAUAAAUGAUUAGGAGCCCAAGAACUUUAAUAAAAUUUGAGGUAUGGAAAGUUCUACCUGGCAUUUGCAGAAGAGGGAAAGUGGCAGCUUUUCUAAGAGUCUGUGUGWUCAGGUCUACCAACACAGGCCUUGACAGAGCAACAGGAGGGCUGAGCUCGCCACCGAAAACACCUCAGUUUCUGCAGCAGUUCCUAGACUUUGUGGUCUCGCUUCUCAUAGCUCCUCUUGAAACCUGGGGUGUCCUUCAACGGGAGGGUCACACACAYGUUAUUGCAGCCCAUCUUGCCAGGAGAGCAUCUUGAAACGCCACCGGGCCCUUGGCCUGCAGCCUGCUGUCGCCACACAGCUUCCGUGCUGAAAAGUGGUGGAGGCUUCUAGGCCAACAGGCCAAGGAGACACUGCCCUGACCCCAACCACUGCUUUAACCUUAUGCUGCCCUUCCUUCCCACUUGGCCUUCUUGGCUUCUCAUAGAACAGCAUGUAUCCAGUAUCAGUAUCCACGAGGAGUCUUUCUGACCGAUUUACUUGCUGUAUUUGGAACCAGUUUCUUAGCCUACACGCAAGUGGGACUGGAGACAUUUUAGUAAAAUUAAAUCUCCUGUUAGGGUAGGUGUACUGCUGCAGAGACCCCACAUUUUCUGGCCUCUUGUGACUUCACCAAAAUUACUCUGAAAACACAAAGAAUGUGAAUCUCUUCUCUUCCAGAGAUAGGGAAAUACUAUCUUAGGUGAGAAAACCAUACACUUAAGCAUUAAUCAUGUAAAUACAUGGAUGUUUAUUACUCCUGGAGUCUCCUCCUUUUCUGCUCACGGUGCUUUGACAGAUGACUGUACGUUGAAUUAGAGGAACAAAGCUCUGUUUUCCAUUGCAUGAAAUUCACGGAUGUCUGUAAAAGUUGCCUCGAUGCCUACAGGCUGGGAGAGGACAGACUGCAGCUGCACAAGGGGCACGCUUGCAAAGGGAGCAGCUAAUUACAAGGGAGAGAGCUGUAAUGAGCAGUUUGCCUCUCUGCAGAAGGGACUUGACGUGAUGAAUUUCAGUUCUUCUAAAAUGUUUCAAAAACAUUGUCCUGAAGAGUGAAAAAAAAAAUGAAAAAUGGUGUUCUUCUGUUUCAAUUUACCUUACGAGUAGUUCUAAAUAAAUUUAUAUUUAGCUUUGUUCACAAAUCCAGUAAUAUAAUGUAAUUAUCUUUAAAAAAUAAUGUAUUUUUUUCUCCCAAUAUCAGUGCACAUACUCCUCAACCUGCCGUUUCCAUACUGCUGUAAAGGUUUCUCRUAUGCACUGUUUGAUUGUGCAGCUAGCAGGGCACUGAUAGCAGGAAUUCUAGUGUGUCUCUCUUUUCCUCUAAUACAGUGUUACUCUUUGGAAGCCAGAGGCAUCCRAGCACGGACCACUUCUCAUCCUGCAGCUCCCUCCUGCUUUCCCACUUGGGAAAGGGGACGGCUGCUGUGUGAAAGGCCAGUCCGGGAUCGCGCCAGGGUUGGGACUGUCCUUCCCCAUUUCCAUUCUGGACAUCCCGAGCCAGAGCUUCCUUCCCACUCCCCCUGCAUCCCGCACUUGCUCUGCCCGUCGCCCCUGCCGUGCGGUAGCUUCUGUCGCGUGCUUGGUCACUGCGUUACUGCUGGAGCUGUAAGUGCAUCUGAAAGGCUGAUAUUCUUAUUACGUGCCAUGCUGCCAGCUUGCAGAGCUUUACAGCUGCUGAGUUUCUUGGUUCUUGCUUCUUUUCCUAACGUGGAAAUAGAGCUGUGAUUUUUUUGAGCAAACUGUGUUGCAAACACUGUGUUUCUGCAAACUGGACCUUCUGAUUUUUAUACUGGUGGAGCAAGAARCUGCAAAUAUUUAUGGUCUGAGUGAGUUAUUUCAAUUAGUGAGCAUGUAGAGUGAGAACUUUUUAGAUACUGAAGUAUUUGCAUUCAUUCAUUCACCCUGCAAAUCCUAUUUAACCAGAGGGGCUCCAUCACACUACUUGUUAAAAGUCCUACCGUAACGAUGUACGGUGAUGCUUCAACCAGAUAGUCCCAUUAGUGGCUUUGUUGCCUUUUUCUUUGGAAUUACAGUAUGAAACUGUAAAUACUUCUUGCAGUACUGCCUUUUUAAUUCUUAAUUACUUUUGGCACAGUGUUAAAUAGUGUUGGAUUUACCCAAUUGCUAUGACAUAUAUUUUUAUAUAUAGGUGUGCUCUUUUUUCRAGGAUAAUACAGCCGUUUUGUCAUUAAUGCCUUAUCGGUGUCAUUCUGCUGUUGCUCUUUGUUUGCAAGGUAUCAAGUGGACUAAUUUCUAGUUCAGAUAUUUUCAUUUUCCCCGGUAGUGCUCAAGUUUGAAUUCAGGUGAUUAUUUGCCAGAUUCCCAGUUUUCAUGGUUGCUAGCUUUCAGAAGAGGAGAAUGG